CUCUGAUACAGUUAUGUUUUAGUGUGUCUAUGAAGAUCAAAUUAAUUUUAGGUUUGAUAUCAAGCAAUAUCAAAGAUGAACACGGAUGACUAUGUGACAUUUAGAUUGAAUGGAAAAAUUCAAAAAGUAGGUGGCCUGGCAGGUGGCACCACCUUGUUGACAUAUAUCAGAGAUGUGGCACAUCUACGAGGCACCAAGUUUAUGUGUCGGGAAGGUGGUUGUGGCGCUUGCAUCGUCAAUCUUAGUCUGACAGAUCCUGCCACUGGAAUAGAAAAGUCAUUUGGUGUAAACUCGUGUUUGUAUGCAGUCUAUGCAUGCCAAGGCAUGUCCGUAACCACUGUGGAAGGUAUUGGAAACAGGAAGCAGGGCUACCACCCUGUACAAACGAGGCUGGCGCAGUUCUAUGGCACCCAGUGUGGGUACUGCACUCCUGGAUGGGUCAUGUCUAUGUACAGUCUGUUGCAGUCAAACCCUGCAAUGUCUAUGAAGGAGAUUGAAGAAUCUUUUGGAGGCAAUAACUGCCGAUGUACCGGCUACCGACCGAUCCUGGAUGCCUUCAAAAGUUUUGCUGCCGAUAGUCCUGCAGAAGUGAGAGAAAGAGUGGAUGAUAUUGAGGACUUGCUCAAUGUUUGCAAAAAGAAUGGAAAACCAUGUCAAAAUAAAUGCAACCUACAUCUUCCUUCAAUCGACUUUGAAUGUGUUGAAGAAAAAGACGAUUUAGAACGCUGCUUCGCAGAGUUAGCUCUUGCCCCAUCCACAAUCACUCUGCAUACCUUGGGUGGUGGAGAAUGGUACAGGGCAACAACAGUUCGUCAAAUACUAGAGAUAUUUUCUACAAUCAAAGGGACGUACAUGUUAGUCGGUGGAAAUACAGCUCAAGGUGUCUACCGAGUUAAGUAUCCUCCGUCUCCUGAAACCUACAUCGAUAUUAAUGGCGUAUCAGAACUGAAAAGACAUGAAUUUGAGGGCAACACUUUGGUCUUGGGAGCAAACAUGACUCUCACAGACACUAUAAAACUGUUCAAAGCAGUGGCUAUUGAGAGACCAAGUGAGUUUAGAUAUCUCUUGGUAUUGGCCAGGCAUUUGGAUAAAGUAGCCCACAUUCCUGUGCGAAAUGUUGGAACAUUGGCGGGUAACUUGUCCAUCAAACAUGACUGUCGUAGGUUUCCCUCGGAUUUGUUCACAAUAUUCGAGACAGUUGGCGCUAAAGUGGUCAUUGCUAAAGAGGAUUGGUCCACAUUGACAAUCUCUUUGCCAGAGUACCUGUACACAGAAAUCUACAGAAGGCUAAUAACGAAAAUUAUAUUUUUUCCACUCAACAAUUCAUACAUUGUUAGAACUUAUAAGAUAGAAAGAAGAGCUCAAAAUGACCAUGCAAUAGUGAAUGCAGGAUUCUGUUUCAGUUUUGAUAAAACCGAUGAUUACAGAGUUUUAGAAAAGCCAAGUAUUGUGUAUGGUGGAAUCGAUGGAGAGUUUAUCCAUGCAAGCUGCACAGAAUCAUUCCUGGAGAACAAGAAACUACUGAAUACAAAAACGCUACAAGGAGCGUUACGCAGACUGAAUGAGGAGGUGAGACCUACCCGUAUACUCCCAGAUGCAACCAAUGAAUACAGGAAAGGACUCACACUUUCACUCUUCUACAGAUACGUGUUGAGCUUGAACCCAUCGGCAGUCAACCCAAGACUUAGAAGUGGAGGAGAGGACAUUGAGAGGCCGUUGAGUCAUGGCGUGCAGCAGUAUUACAGUGAGCCUGUGGAAUAUCCUCUGACUGAGCCUAUACCUAAGAUUGAGUCUCUUAUCCAGUGUUCAGGAGAGAUACAGUACUCCGGUGAUCUUCUGCCUCUGAAGGAUGAACUGUUUGCUGCUUUGGUUCUGACAGAACUUGGUCCAGCAACACUUGACGGAAUAAAUCCCAACGAUGCUCUGCAAAUUCCUGGUGUGGAGGCUUUCUUCAGUGCCAAAGAUAUACCAGGGUUAAAUACUAUUUUGAGUCCAACAACAAAUUUCUUUCAGCAGAUAGAAGAAUUAUUUGCCAGUGAUGAGAUUAAAUAUGCGGGUCAGCCUGUUGGAGUGUUAGUAGCAUCAUCUCAAGAAUUGGCGAACUUUGCAGCCGAGAGGGUGAAAAUAACUUAUAAAUAUAUCAAGAAACCUUUACUUUACGUCAAAGAAGUGUUGGAGUCAGAAGAAACUGAGCGAAUAAAAUAUAGAGCGUCAAUUCGACCAACUGUAGAAAAAAAGGAUGUUGAACACAAAAUUGAAGGAGAAUACACUUUCAACGGUCAGUACCACUCAUAUUACGAGACGCACACCUGCGUAGUCCGACCAAGAGAUAACUUAGUCCUGGAUGUGAUGGUUUCCUCACAAUGGAUGCAAGGAAUACAUGAGGCUAUCUCUGCUCUCCUCAACAUGUCAGUGAACAGGAUAAAUGUGCAGAUUAUGAGGUGCGGAGGAGCGUAUGGUGGGAAGAUUAAUAGAAGUAACUCUGUAGCCUGUGCUACAGCAUUGUCCGCUUAUCUUCUUCAACAGCCUGUCAGAAUGGUGAUGAAUUUGGAGUAUAACAUGAGAAGUUGCAUUGGCAGAUUCUUCAUGUACUCCAAAUAUGAGGUUGGAGUCAACGGUGAAGGAGUAAUACAGUAUUUGAAGGCAAACUAUUACAAUGACAAAGGAGCAUCUUUCAAUGAUUCAAUUACUGAAACUACUAGCAUAAAAGCACUUCCUUGUUUCUACGAUGUUUCAGCUUGGACUGUUGACGCAUACGAUGUGUUGACGGACAAGCCACCGACAACAUUUGCUCGGGCUCCAGGUACUCUAGACACUCAAGGGUUAGUAGAACAUAUUAUGGAACACAUUGCAUGGACUAUCAAGAGAGAUCCUACUGCAGUCAGACUAAGCAAUGCUGAAGAUGGUAGUCCAAUAGCUGAGUAUGUUGCUGAGGCCAAAACCAAGGCUGAAUACACCUCUAGACUGGCUCAAUGCAGGGAGUUUAACAAGACCAAUCAAUGGAGAAAGCGAGGGUUGUCCUUACUCCCGAUGAAAUUUUACGUUAACUUUAAAGGAAGAUAUCACGCACUAGUAAGCAUCUACCGCAACAACGGCAGAGUCGUCAUUAGUCAUGCUGGGGUUGAAAUGGGACAAGGAAUCAACACCAAGGCAACACAAGUGGCUGCCCAUGUUCUAGGGGUACCACUGGAGUAUGUCAAAAUAAAGCCCAACAACAACCUCGUGUCUCCUGACAGCAUUUAUACAGCAUCUAGCACCGGCAGUGAUGCUGUCUGUUUUGCUGUGAGGAAAUGUUGUGAAGAGCUAAAUGAAAGACUGGAAGCUGUGAGGCAAUCAUUAGGACCAGAUGUAGCUUGGCCUCUUCUUAUUCAAACUGCCUACCUCAGGGGUGUCAACUUAAGUGCAUCUUUCAUGUUUGUACCGGACCGAGACCUGAAAGACUACCUAAACUACGGGACCACCAUAACAGAAGUGGAAAUAGAUUGUUUAACAGGAGAGCAUAGGAUCCUUCGGGUAGACAUACUACAAAACCUAGGCAAGAGCGUGAGUCCACUGGUGGAUAUAGGCCAGAUUGAAGGAGCGUUCUUGAUGGGAAUUGGACACUUCACAAGUGAAAAACUCAUUUUUGACCCAAAUACUGGACUACUUGCUACAGAUAGAACCUGGGAAUACAAAAUACCCGGGGCCAAGGACAUUCCAGAAGAUUGGCGACUUUAUUUCAGAAAAGACCCUAAUACUCCUCCAACUGGUGUAUAUGGAUCUAAGUCUGUUGGAGAGGCUCCUCUUGUUAUGUCUCACUCAGUUUUGUUCGCCAUCCGUCGAGCUUUGGAAUCCAUCAGAAGAGAUGUCGGAAUUCCUGAUACCUUUUUCUACAAUGGUAAGCAUUAA